CCAUCGGCCUCUCUCAAGCUCUUUGAUUAAAUGGAACUAAAAUGUGAAGCGGAAAGCAUAAAAUCAACGCCGAGCAGGCAAUGGUCUCGCUGUCAAUAUGUCAUUUUUACGGGAUCUUAAGGAGGAAAUCAAGGAUGUGAAACGUGACCAGGAAUUUGUUUUGAGAUGCAGGAUAACUGAGGACCAAUAUCAGAUGCUGAAUGCUAUAAGAAAAAGAGAUAACAACAAGCUUAAACACCUCAUGACCCGAGGGGUUGAUCCCAACUUCUUCAACAACCUUGGCAGCACACCUCUCCACAUUGUGUCUGGUCUCAAACAAUCACCUGCCGUUCAGGACAUGCUACAAGUAUUGGUAUACUUUGGGACAUCUUUGAAUUCAGUAGGCAGGUUUGGACAGACUCCUCUUCAUGUUGCCUGUUGUACUUCCGCCAUCACUGUCCGGGUCCUACUGGAGACUGGGGCAGCAAUAAAUGUACAGGACAAUGCUGGGAGUACCCCAUUGAUGGAGGCAUGUAACAGUGAAUGCCCAGAGGCCCUUACCAUUGUCCAAUACCUGCUAGACCACAACUGCAACAUUUCACUAACAGAUCAGGAUGGGCGUACAGCCCUACAUUGUAUCUGUGGUAACAUGAAACAGGAGCUGACUGUGAGAAAUGAGAUAGUCUGCCAGCUGUUAUAUAGAGGCUUGUCAGCGAGCAUGGAGGACAAAACUGGUAUAUAUAUAUCAUACUACUACAUAUUCCAUACUAAUACAUACCAGGUAAAAUGGCAUUGUGUUACGAGCUCAGUCAUUUUCUACAUCAAAGGCGAAAGCCUUUGUCACACAAAUACCUGCUGUUAGUCCAAACUUUAAUCAAGGCUGGAGCCAGUUUUAACAGAAAAAACAAGCAACAUGAACGAUUUGUGCGUUAUGCUUGCAAAGUGUCUAGUGGACCGGUGUUUACACAGCUAGCAGGACUACUGGAACCAGUGUUGUCUGUGGGUGGGGUCAUGGCCCUCAGAGACUGUAUUCCACAGGGAGGAUGAGGAUCAUGAAGACUUGUAUCAGUACCUCACUUCUCUAGCCUGUAGAGUUCAGCCACUGAAACUUAUGUGUAGGACUACACUGCGUGAGGCCCCUGAACUUCGGGGGAAACUCUAUACCAAAGUCAGUCUUCUUCCUAUUCCUUCUACUCUCAAGGACUACAUGAUACUGGCAGAAUGAUACUGGAGUAAUUUAGAAGUUUUACAAGGAUGCAAAUCUUUCUAUGGUGCAUGAGAAUAGUUGUUUUUUUUAAUUUCUUACUGCAAUAAUAAUGUAUUGUUUGUCAUUUUAGCUCAGCUGCCAGAUCUAGAAAGGCACGUGAGUUAAAGCCAUCAUGCAACAUUAGCUAAAGGUCAUAUGUACAAUGGCCAGAGUUAAAUGUCAGGAUAAAGCAUUAUCAAAUUUGUUAGAAUUUCCUAAAUCCCUCUUUGAAGUUUUCAAUUAUGAAGCACUCCUGGACCCAGGAGAGACCAUUCUGGUUUAGUACAUGUAAAAUAAAAGUCAACAGAGGCUCAUAAAGCUGUACAUAUAGCUCCACCAGGUUUUGUUUGAAGGUUAUGAGGGUAAUACCAAGUAAUAUGUGAUACAAUAUGAGUCAAUGCAGGGUUGUGUAACCUUGAAAUUAUCUCCAUAGAACUGUGUAAUAUGCAACAUAGUCUUAAGUCAUGACACAAAAGUCAUGAAUUUUUAGCACCAAAUUUAGUCAGAAAAAUGUUGCAAUGAUUUGACUUUUGAUACAGUGACCUUGACCUUGAUGAUGGAGACUGAAUACAAUAAUUGCUUUUUGGCCCUUUGUUUGACAUUGACAGGAAGGUAUAGAUGUCUGAGUGGUAUAUCAAAUCAUGAGACAUCUACACUUUCUUAUCAAUGGACAAUAUUAAAGACAGAAUUCCUGAAUAGCCCCGAGAGGUAUGAAUGGGCAGAUAGAACUAACUGUACAACUGUCAAAUACUUGUACGACUGUCAGGAAAAUAUGACCAAAGUCAAGGUCAUGUGUACUACUGUACCACAAUUUUCAUUUUAUGGUUUUAGCAACUUUCUCAAGUCCUUCCUAGAAAGUGUUUGUACCUAGAUCUAAAUGUAUUGAAAUUAAUUAUCAGGGAAGGAAGUUGCUAGAAUGUAUAUCUAGGUAAUACUGACAAAAAUUGAGUUACUCUACAGCAAACAUGGGCAUGCAACAGGAUUUUAUUCUAGUGCCUUGUUAUGUGUGUUUAUAAUGUGUAUUUCAUCUGUUGCCCUGCAUUUGAUUUGCUUGUAUUUGUUGUUACAAUUUCAUCAAAAAUUAGUUUAUGUUAUAGGUAAACUUUUUAAAGUUUUAAUGUAAGUUAUUAAGAUAUGUAUUGUUAGCAAUACAUGUUGUUUAAAUAUUAAAAAAAGUUCCAUCAGA